CUCUCUGUGUGUCUCUCUCUCUCUCUCUGUGUGUCUCUCUCUCUCUCUGCUGCCUCUCUCUCUCUCUCUCUCUCUCUGCUGCCUCUCUCUCUCUCUGUGUCUCUGCUGCCUCUCUCUCUCUCUCUCUCUCUGUGUCUCUGCUGCCUCUCUCUCUCUCUCUCUCUCUCUGUGUCUCUGCUGCCUCUCUCUCUCUCUCUCUCUCCGUUCCGCGCGGAGCCUCGGCAGCAGCAGGAGCGGUGAGCGCGAGCCCCCGAGUCCCGAGCCGCCGCUGCUGAUGGCCUCGUCCGCGAGCGGUCCGGAAGAGGCGCGCGGCGCGGCUUCCUCCUCGGCGCCCACGCCCCUCAAGCUGGUGGGCCUGGUGUGCGUGUUCCUGGCGCUGUGCCUGGACGUGGGCGCCGUGCUCAGUCCCGCCUGGGUCACCGCCGACCAGGAGUAUUACCUCUCCCUGUGGGAGUCCUGCUGGAAAUCCGCCGGCGCGAGCGCGUGGCAGUGCAGCGGCACACUCAACACGGAUUGGCAGAUCGCUACGUUGGCGCUAUUGCACGGAGGAGCCUUCCUCAUCCUCAUCUCCUUCAUGGUGGCCCUGGUCUCCGUGUGCACAUGCAGCAGGAGGCGUUUCUACAGACCCGUCGCCGUCAUGCUGUUCGCUGCAGUUGUCCUACAGGCCUGUAGCUUGGUUCUGUUCCCCAUCAAGUUCAUCGAGACGAUCAGCUUGCGAAUGUACCAUGAGUUCAACUGGGGUUACGGAUUGGCUUGGGGCGCCACCAUCUUCUCAUUCGGGGGAGCCAUCCUGUACUGCCUGAACCCCAAGAACUACGACGACUACUACUGACCCUGCUGCACGACUCCACCCCCACCACCCUUACCCCUCCCCCACUGACACCCCAUCACCACUCCCAUCAUACGAUGCUCUUUCGCAUUCCUGCCAGCUCACGCACCAAACUUUUAUUUGCUUCCUGGGAAACAAAAAACAAACAUGCAAAACUGGGUGCAGAGCUCGUCCGAUUGAUUCCGGACUGACCAAUCUCACGUCAGCAUCAUCAUCCUUUUAAAAUCCCUUUAUUGAAGUCUCACUCUGUUCCGUCUGUUCUCAUCUUUCCAUCACAUUUCCAACACCACUGAUCCAUCUCUGAUCUUUAAGCAUCAGGCUCUGGGGAGAUCUCUGGAAGCAGUCAUGUGCCGAUCCCUGCGGAGCGCUCCAUCUGGAGUGGGGUUUACAAUCGGACCUGCUGCAUGCACACACACUCCACUUACACACAUCACACAGAGUGUGUUAGGUUUCUGUAAUGAGAAAGCACAACAUAGAACAUAUGCUCACCUUUGUUCACAGCAGCAAGUGACGGGCUGCUCGUGGGGUGGUAAUAUACACUCAGCGGCCACUUUAAUAGGAACUUGUUCUUGAUUCUAAGAUCCUGUUCUUGGCUGCAGGAGUGAAACCCAAUGUGAUGAUCUGCUGUUGCAUGCUGAGAUGCUUUUCUGCUCACCACGGUUGUAAAGAAUGAUUAUACGAGUUACUGCAACCUUCCUGGCAAACAAAAAAAUCCCGAACCUAUCUGUGGAUUUUCCUCGGACCCUGUCUUAUCAACAAGGCAUUUGUUUCCACCCACAGAACUGUCGCUCGCUCACUCACUCGUUGUUUUUUGUUUUCCGCACCAUUCUGUGUAAAAACCCCAGGAGGAGAUCAGCAGUUUCUGAAAUACUCAAACCGGUCCAUCUGGCUCAAACCAACACCCAUACCACAGUGAGAGAAAGUCACACUUCACUGGGAGAUCACAAUUUUUCCCGUUCUGACGUGUGAACAUGAACUGAAGCUCUUGAUUUGUAUCUGCAUGAUUUUAUGAUGGCAUCGCGCUGCCGCCAAGCAAUUAAAGAACUGCAUCAAACAGCAGGUAGAUGUAGGGGUGUUCCUAAUAAAGUGGCCAGCGAGUGUAUAUAUACACAGUAGCUUCUAAACUAAUCAAUGUGAAGAUUGUUUCCUUAAUUUAUACAUUGCUUCUUUUUUUUUUUUUAGGUUAGAUUAGCAAACCAAGCUAACUGUACUAGCUAGCGAUUAUAUGCACCAACAGUGUCUGUCUGCUACUUCCUCCAUCCAGGCUUUGUUUUUCUUCGUAAAAUGCGUCUCUGUAUUCCAAAGUGAGGAUGACUGAAGGUCUUACAGCAGUUCUAAUACUGAACAGUUCCUGAACAGCAGGGUGCAAAAGUCUGAGUGCAAAAAGUCUUUACCCCUUCUACCCAAACAUUCUGUUCAUGCCUUAUUUCCACAAGAGCCGAGACAGCAUGACUGGGUCUAAAACACCAUUUGUUAAAUAUCUGACUGACUGAUUUUGGCGAAGUAGCUACUUUUACACUUGAAUCACAUCAAGAUACGACCAUUUUCCCCUCAACAUUAACUAGCCAGUUUUAUUGCAAGACAUUUCCUAAUAUCGAGUAACUAGCUAGUUCCUAACGUUUAUUAGAUAGCUCGCUAUAUAUGAACAUAUCUUGUUAAAAAAAGGGAUUUUCUCUAAAAGUUAGCUAGCUAGUUUUUCUGUGAGACAUUUCACAAUGUUUGAUAACUAGCUAGCUAUCUUUCUAUUUUGGUAUCUUCAAAAACAAAGAUAGCUGGUUAGUUAGCAAACAUUGGAAUGUCUCACAGGAAAACUAGCUAGCUACCUAUAUUAGGAUAUCGUCUAACAAAUACAGUUUUCACUGAUGUUAGGACACUAGUUUUCCUGUGAGACAUUUCAGUGUUUGCUAACUAGCUAGCUUUGUAUAAGGAUCUCUUCUAACAGUUUUCUCUAAUGUUAGCUAGCAAACGAGUUUGCUGCAGGACAUUUCCUAACUUUUGUUAGAUACAGAAUAAUCUUUAACAAAUGGGAUUUUCUCUAAAGUUCACAACCUAUUUAUGCUGCUGGAUGGACAUUUACUAAUGUUUAGUGACUAGCUUGCUAUCUACAUUCGGAUAUCAUCUAAGAAAUGGAAUUUUCUCUGAAGUUAGUUAGCUCGUUUUGCUGUAAGAGAUUUCCUAAUUUUUGGUAGCUAGCCAUGUUUGUAUUAGGGUAUUCUUUAAGAAAAGUUAGUAACAUUAGCUAGUUAGAUUUUCUGUGGAACAUUUUCUAAUGUGAGCUAGCCAGCUCUCUUUGUAGGAGGAUAUCUUUUAACAAGUACACAUUUCUCUGAUGUUAGCUAAUGGGUUUGCUGUGGUACAUUUCUUAACAUUUGAUAGCUAGCUAGCCAUGGAUGUAUUAGCAUAGCUUCUAGCAAAUGGGAUUUUCUCUAAAGUUAACUAACUAGUUUUUCUGUGAGGUAUUUUCUACGGUUUUGUAACUAGCUAUUUUUUUUCUUUAAGAAUAUCCUCAAAGAAACUCAAUUUUCUUGAACAUUAACUAGCUAGUUUAUUGUGGGACAUUCUCACGUGAGCCAUCUUUCUUUAUAUGAGUAUAUCGUUUAACAAAUCAAAUGUUUUCGGAUAUUAUUUAGAGAUCGAGCUUUUUGUAUUUUUUAUCAUCUAGCACCCCCCCCCCUUUUUUUUUUUAACUUCACUAGCUAACUUUCAGUGAGUAUAUCCUUGAACAAAGGGGAUCUACUCUAAUUUUAGCUAGCUAGUUUUGCUGAGACAAUUUUAGUGAAUUUAAUUAGUUAAUUUAUAGCUUUAUAUAUAGGAUUCUCUCUCAGGUUAGCUAGCUAGUUUGGCUGUGAGAUGUUAAUUGCUAACAGCUAAUUUUGUGUGGGGAUAUCCUGAGAUUUUUUUUUUCCUUUUUUGAUGUAGCAUAUUAGCUAGCUGACAUUUUUUAAACGUUUUCUAGCUUUUAAUUACUGGGUAAAGUGUUUUUUCCUAUUGUUAGCCAGCUAUGAAGUUUGCCGAGUAGCUAUAAUUUCUCCUCUUGUUAAUACUGUGGGAUAUUUCGUGUGCUGCUAGGAAGUAAAUGGUGUACUAUCCAUCAACAUUAAUCUCUUAACGACUAGCUGUGGACGUUGGCAUUGUUAUCAGGUUUACUGCCUUCAGUCAGUGAGAAAACAAUAUAAUUGAUGUAGUUGGCAAAAACACGCAACCACCAUUGAGUCUUAUUUGAGAAAAUAUAAUUAGACAGGAUUGUGUUACUUAGCUUUAUUGCACUCAGACGUUUGGACUCUACUGUAUGAGGAAACAAAGAUGACUUACGAAAGGGUGUUUUAUCCAGCGAGAAACCUGGAGCUCAGUUUGAGCUUGGAAUAGAUUUGUUUUUAUCGUAUAUUAGCAUAUUUUCAGCACACUGUAGCUAAUGUCAGGGUGAUAGAGUAAGAUUUAUGGCUAGAGCAUGCUAACUGGAGCAACAUGGGUUAAUUAGCUUUUCUGGAAAUUACUGUGAGGUUCAUUAGCGCACAUGUAAGAAGUGCAUUCACUUUAUGAUAAGUAAGUGUGUGUGUUAUGGAACUAAUAGGGCUAGCUGUGAUAUUUAUUCUCGUUUUGUUUUGUUUCCCCCCGUGUUAAUCCAUCAUCUGAAGCUAACAAACAGUUCAGGAUCAGUUUUAGCAAAAAGACCAAAAUAUGGCUAAAUGCUGAAUCUGAUUUUAGUUGUUUGCUGUUCAGAUUCUGGCGUCUUCACUUACCUUCACGAUUCUUCCACCGUAGCCAUCUGUCCUGAGAUGUUCGUCCGUGGUUACAGGUUUUCUUUUCUUCCAAUUGCAAAAUGUGUUAAAACUGUUUUCUAAAAGUGAAAUUUUUAUACAUAGGCAUGUACUGGUGUAAAAAUUUUCACCUCAUAAUACCAGUUUAAUUACGGUUCAUGAUAUUGGGGAAAAAAAAUGAAAACACUACAGUAAAUUUAUCCCUUAAGUCAGAGGUUUAUCAGUUCUGUAUAUUUUUAAACCUUAUUGGAGCGAACAGAAGAUAUUAUUGUACCUGAUGAUAAAAUAAAGGGCUCGCUGGAUGACUGCUGGUUAAAUCACGACUCACUAAUCAGCUCGAAGGCCAUGUCAAAAAAGUUGUGUUGUACGCCGUUACGAUCUUUAUUUAUUUUCUUGUGAACCAUGAUUGGACUCUUUAGUGUAUAUGAAAUAUUACUACUGCCACUAAAAUUUGGAUUUCCUCAUCUGGGAAAUGCUGCGUCAUCAAAAACAUUAGAAUUAUUAUAACUUUGAAAUCGAAUUUCUAGACUGUGUGACUCUAUGGGCUGCUGAUUGGCUGAAAUUCUGCUAAUUGUUUGGAUUCGAUGUAGCGUAUAAAUGUGAACCAGGAACUACAGCAUCAAAUGUGAUUUGCUUUGUAUCGCCAAGGUUAGAAUUAAUUUGGAAUUUCAAGCCUUUGUAACAGGCUUUGUAAUUUAUUUUUGUAAAUCUGAAUUUUUCGUGUUAUAUAUUGAAAUUGCGGGCAGCCUCAUGGUGUAGUGGUUAGCGCUGUCGCCUCACAGCAAGAAAGUCCGGGUUCGAGCCCCGUGGCCGGCGAGGGCCUUUCUGUGCGGAGUUUGCAUGUUCUCCACAUGGGUUUCCUCCGGGUGCUCCGGUUUCCCCCACAGUCCAAAGACAUGCAGGUUAGGUUAACUGGUGAUUCUAAAUUGAGCGUAGGUGUGAAUGUGAGUGUGAAUGGUUGUCUGUGUCUAUGUGUCAGCCCUGUGAUGACCUGGCGACUUGUCCAGGGUGAACCCCGCCUUUCGCCCGUAGUCAGCUGGGAUAGGCUCCAGCUCGCCUGCGACCCUGUAGAACAGGAUAAAGCGGCUACAGAUAAUGAGAUGAGAUAUUGAAAUUGUCAUUUUGAAGUUAUAUUCAAUUUUCAUUCUGAAGACUGUUGGGACAAAUUCAGUGAAAUUCAGGUUCUCCAUCAGAGGCACCCGGGAAUUUUACUGACUGCUGACUGGCUGAAAUGACAUCAGUUGUUUGCUGAUGGACUCUGAUAUAACGUUUAAAACCUGAAUCAGAAUUUAUAGAAUUAAAUUCCAAACGUGAUAAAGGCUCGAGUCUCUAAAUUAAUUAAGAUGUAGAUUUUCAUUAUGUAAAUGAGAAAUUUCCACUUUUGAAAUUUUAGGUUUGAUGUUGAUUGGAACAAAAUCAGUUUGAGUUUCAUAUUAAUUGCAUUGAAUUUUAAAAUUAUUUGAAACAAUGUAAAUAUCUAAAUGUAAAAAUAAAUAAAUUGUCGCAGCACAAAUUAAUCGCAUCAAAUUGAGAUUUGGAUGUAUGUAGCGGAAAGCUUUCUUGAAUGCGGAUUGGCUGCGUUUGCGUUUCCAAAGUGCUCGGCCAUGUAUAGAUUUGCAUAGGAAUGUGAAAAUUUUUUUUGCAAUUGUAUGAGGUAAUUUAUAAAUUUUAUAUGAUUUACUACAUAAUUAAAUUUCAGGCCUUUGUUACAGUGUGGAUUUUCAUUCUGUUGAUCUGAAAUGUUACGCUUUACUUUUAAAAGUUGAAUGAAAUCGAUAUGAAUUCCAAUUUAAUCUGAAUACAUUUUUUAAAUUCUGGUGGCACCGAGUGAGAGUUAAUGACACCAGUUUUCUAGCUACAAACUACACCAACAGGAAGUGCCUACCUAACCAGCUAGCUAUCGCUCCUGCAAGUGGUAAGUCGAUGGAAAACACGCUACUAAACCCCCAAACGCGGCCCCCUUACCAACAAAUUUAAAUAAUUUUAACUUUAGAAAAAAAUCAAAUAUUAAAUACAAUUUCAAAAAAUACAAUUAGUUUCCAAACCCUAGUGGCACAAAACAUCAAUUCCAAGCCGCUGAAGUGAAUCAGCUCAUACUGCCGACUGAACAGAAGCACAAACACUGCCCCGAAACACAGGGUGAGAUUUAAAACGCCCACAAUUACAUCAUCAUACGUGUUUAUUACGCAGUGCUCGAUUCUGAUUGGUCGGAAGGUGUUGAUUAAUUCUCCAUAACAGCAGCUCUGACUGUAGCGCAGGUUUAUAUUAAUGCACUCGUUCUAUCACGUUAUUGUUACUAUGGCAACAGAUCACUCACAGGGACUCGUACGGCAGAUGUUCCUCUUUAUAAAUUAUACUAUUUAAAACAAAAUAGAUUAAAAAAAAAAAAUCAUAGUGGUGAAGUUCUCUAAGGAGAAAUGUGUUCAUUUCUGGAAGGAGUCUCCAGUGUCAGCACUUUUUACCAGUCAGAGGUGAAGCUGCUGUAACUUUUUUUUUUUUUUAAAUUAAGAGAGAGAAUAACGAGAGGCUGGUGAGGGAACGGCUGUUUAUAGCUGCUAUAACAUAAGCAAGAACAACAUUAAACAUAACUACCGGUAUGUUUAAAAAAAAAAAAUCUAUGACUUAUCUUUUAAGUAAUAAAAAUCUGAGUUGUUAGCAAAUCGCUGUAGAGGAAUAAAGCACUUGUAAUAUAUUGUAUAACUAAUGAGCAGCACAUGCUAAUGGUUUAAAAAUGCACACACUGAUGCAAUUGGGGAAAAGAAACUGUAGAAAUGUGUAGAUGAUGUUUGAUGUUCUAGGAAACCUGUAGGUCUUGUGGUUUAGCCAAGCCUUGCUAAUUAGACUAGUUUCUGAUCAAUAGCUCACAGGUCAAUUUAUUAAUCUUACUGAAGUAUUAAUUACACUCUGUUAUGGUGGAAUAGAGGACUGUAUUUCUUAGCACUGUCAGUCUAGUGUGUGUGUGUGUGUGAGAGAGAGAGAGAGAGAGAGAGAGAGAGAGUGAGAGAACAGCAUGAAACGCCUUUUGAGUGCGAGUGAGAGUGUAUAUGAAUUCUGCUGGGGGUCUUUCCCCCCCCCCCCAAACCCCAGAAUACAUCUGUGACCUGAAUCUGAUUUAUAUACACUAACAAAAUAAACAGGUUAUAAAAGAAAACCGCAUACUGCUCGCAUUACUUAUAGCAGCAUGAAAACAGGAAACGCGUCUGCUGUAAUCGGAAAAACACAUUUCCUCACCGCACACAGGUCUGGGCUCUGGGUUUUGUCAGUAAGAUGUUCCCACAUCCACUAUGUCAAUGAUUAGAGCUGAUAAAUGACUGAAAGGCACCAAUUUGAGACCAUUUUUCCCCAAAAACUUGAUGUGAUGUGCAAGGAGACUUCUU